UUCACGGGGGAAGAGGAACAACCGCAGCCGCGAGGGUUUGGAGGAAUUGGAGGGGGCGCCGGUGGAGGUGCGGUCGUACUCAUCGAUCAUGUUAUCCAAAUCCUCGUCGGUGGUGAGGGAGAUGAGGGAAUCUGACUGCGAGGAAUCGGGCUUCACGGGAAAGAGGAACAACCGCAGCCCCAAGGGUUUGGAGGAAUUGGAGGGGGCACCGGUGGAGGUGCGGUCGUACUCAUCAAUCAUGUUAUCCAAAUCCUCGUCGGUGGUGAGGGAGAUGAGGGAAUCCAAGUUCUCGCAGGGCAACAGGUACUUGAGCGUGAAGGCGCGGCCGUUCAAGAGAGUGGUGGAGAGCUUAGCGGAGAGAUCGGACAGCGAGGCUUGGCAGUCGACGACGACGAUGCGGGUGUCGCCGCCGACGUAGCAGAAGGACUUGUCGUGGGGACGGGGGACGAUUCGGCCGCCGUAGGAGCACAUGAGG